AAAGAGAGCGGAACACUCUGAGGCAAAGCUGGGAGCCACCACCGGCCUCGGACCCUGCCCGGACCUCCUUCUCCUCCUAGCGCCGGAGCAACCAGCCUCGCGCGCGCCCUGCCCGGCACUGAAAAGCGCCUGGCGAGGCGACACGGGUUGGGCGAGGCGGACCCUCGAGAAAGGGGCGGGGCCAGCAAGCGGCAGGUGCGCGCGAGCUGCCCGCCUCCCGGCCGCGUGACGCCUGUCUCCCCCUACAGGCGGCGAGCGCAGGACCCCCAGACGCCUCACAGCGCCGCCGACCAUGGCGCAGCUGAGGCGAGCGGGGAGCCGCGCGCUCCUCCGCUCCCUUUCCUAGCCGCGCCUGAGGGAGGGAAAGCGGCGGCAGCUCCACGAGAUGGGCGCUUCUCGGGGCCCCGGCCGGGCGGGCCCCUGGCUGGCGCUGCUGGCUUGGCUUCUGCUGCUUUUGCCAGGCGACGUCUCCUUCGCCCUGUCGGAAAGCGGAGCGCCCGAGCCGGCGGCGAUGCUGGGCGUCAGCCCCACGCCCGGGGCGGAGACCCCUGCGCCUGCGCCGCCCAGCGGGACCCCCUUCGAGGAGACCAGGCUGCACGUCUUCACCUUGGAUUACCUGCACGUGAGGGUGCCCUUCGAGAUCACUCUGUGGAUCCUGCUGGCUUCUUUGGCCAAGAUCGGUAAGGGGCGGGAGAACCCCACCUGGUCGAUUUCGAGUUUUGCUUGCUUUAUUCAAGAGGGGAACAGGCGUGUUGCCCCCAUCCAGCUUGCGGUUGAUCUCCAAGUAGCCCCCUUUUCCCAGUCUACGCCCUGUUCUGUGGGGAGACAGAAUCAGAGUUGGAAAGGGACCCAGGGGUCAUCUAGUCCAACCCCCAGCAAUGCAGGAAGUUCAGCUAAAGCUGGUGGCUACCCCAACCUCUGCUUAAAAACCUCCAAGGAAUCUGAAUUCAGAUUGAAAUUCCCAGGUGUCAAAAAAGGUUAUUUAUGUAUGCCACUACUGUGGCAUCCGGUGUUUUGUUAGCCAAAAAAUGGAAAACUAGUGAGGUCCCAACCAAAGAAGAAUGGCAGGUUAAGAUGGCAGAAUAUGCACAGCUUGCAGGCUUAACAUAUAGAAUAAGAGAAGGAGAAGAACAUACGUUUAGAUUGGGAAACGUUUAUUGAAUAUAUGGGCUGAAAAUGCUGGCAGCAUUAAGAUAAAUUCAACAAGUUUUGACGGAUGUAAUAAUGGAAUACUGAAUUUUGUAAUAGUUUUUGUAAAAGAGGCAGGGAUUUGUGAUAUGUAAAAUGAACCACGGAAAGAGAAGAAGGGAACUCAUUGAUAUCUUAAGGACUGUAAAAAUGAGUACUUUAAAUUGUAAAACAGAAAUAUAUGCCUCCAAGGAAGGAGAGUCCACGUUUGGGAAGUCAGAUCGCUGUUGCUCUUUUUCUUCACGAAUUGCCACAAGAAGCAGGACAAGGAAAUCCUGAGCAGGCUCAACUUUGCUGCCUCCUCCUCCGUUUCUUCUUGUGGUGAAGAUGUCUUUGCGCUGCAGUUGUUAUGCAUAAGGGAAUCAGCGUGGAUGCUUGUCACUGAAGAAGUAGUGAAGUACGUAACAGGCAUCUCUUUGCUUUCCUGACCUGACAAAGGUCUAGAGUGGAGAUAAACAUCUCUUGGGAGGAUUCCUGCAUAAUAACUUGAUGGUGUGUGUAACCUGAAGCCUUUAUGCAUUUUUGCUGGCAGGUUCCGUUUGUGUUUCUUCAAACAAAAUGAGAGAAAGAAAGAGAAAGGUAGAGGAAGGGGGUGGUAAAAAAUAUUUUGUUUUAAAAUAAAUUUCAUUAGAGUUUAUAAAGAGAAAUACAAAACUUAAUCUCAAAUAUCUUUUUUUGUCCAACAUUAAGCUAAGUAGGAUAAAAACACAAUGAAAAGAAAAAGAGAGAGAGAGAUGGACAGAUAAGAAAGAAGAAAUAGGAAAGAACUUUCAAGAGGAAAUAGAAAAUAUAAAGUUUAGAGAUUUAAGAACUUCUGAUUCAUCAUCUGCCCACUAUAUAUAAACAAUAAUCACUUCCUCCUCUCUACUAUACCACCUAACAAAACCACUUUCUAUAAACAAACAUUAUCUUCAGCCUUCAAACCCAAAUGUUGUUAUUUAUUUUCCACGCAAAAAGUCUAUGAGAGGUUUCCAAUCUUUAGUAAACAUGUCAGUUUUGCUAUCUCAGCUAAGUCUUAAUUUCAACAACCAUUCAUCUAUUGUUGGUACUGAUGAAUCUUUCUGUUUUUGUGAUAUAAUAUGUGAUUCUUCACAUAUGGCAGAGGGAAGGGCAUGCCAUCUUGCAGUGAAUGUAUGUGCAAUAUUGCAUAUUUCAUAAUCAGUAGAAAUCCUUUCAGCAUUUCAACAGUUUUGAUAUAACCCCUUUAGUAGUCCAGUUCCAGUGUAAUCCCAUGUCGGCAUUAUUCUCUUAGUUGUGCAAACUGUCCAAUAUCAGAAUGUGUUUAAUUCUCCCAAUGAAAUUUAAAUGAGAUAUAAAAGUGCAUAAUUUUGAAUGCAUCCCACAACUGUUUUAAAGUACUAAGGGUGUUGCACUUACUUGGGAAUAAUCUCAUUGAACUGACGGUGACAGUGGUCUCACCAGGAUAGGAUUUUGGAGGCAGAGAUCCAGAACCUCACUCAGCAGAAUGAGUGGGAUGACUCUCAAAUGCUGGCUUGCUUAUUUAUUUAUUUCACUUAGAACCAGGACUCAAGGAGGCUCACAGAAAAUAAAAGAAAUGCAGAUGAAACAUAAAGGUAAAGGACCCCUGACAGUCCAGUCAUGAAUGACUCUGGGGUUGCGGCGCUCAUCUCGCUUUACUGGCCGAGGGAGCCAACGUUUGUCCGCAGACAGUUUUUCCGGGUCAUGUGACCAGCAUGACUAAUCCGCUUCUGGAGAAACCAGAGCAGCGCACGGAAAUGCCGUUUAUCUUCCCGCCGGAGUGGUACCUAUUUAUCUACUUGCACUGCAUGCUUUUGAACUGCUAGGUUGGCAGGAGCAGGGACCGAGCAACAGGAACUCACCUUGUUGUGGGGAUUCGAACCACCGACCUUCCGAUCAGCAAGUCCUAGGCUCAGUGGUUUAGAUCACAGCGCCACCCAUGUCCCAGAUAAAACAUACAUAGCUUAAAAAUAUAAGAGAUUAUGGUUAAAAAGUAAUUAUACUGUAUGUGGAAUUAAAGUUUGAGCAGCACUAUGUAGAUUCCAAUAAUAAUAAUAAUAAUAAUAAUAAUAAUAAUAAUAAUUAUUUCAUUCUUUAUAUCCCGCUCAUCUGGUUGGGUUUCCCCAGCCACUCUGGGCAGGUUACAGCACAUAAAAAAUUGUAAAAUGUCAGACAUUGAAAAUUUGAUACAGUACAUGCACCUGAUCGGUUUCAAUUGCUCUUCCAAAUAAUUUUUAUAAGUACUGCAUUCACUUAUCAUUGUAAACUAUAAAAGUGCAGAAGAGUUGUAAAAAGCAGUUCACAAGACACUAAUGUACAAGGAAAGCUACGUUUUAAACUUUUAUUCCUAGUCAUCUAGGAAAGGCUGCUGUGAAAUUUUGGAACUUGCCAAAAGUCAAGGGCACUUAAGUGUCAUCGUAGGAUGUACUUCAGAACAUAGCAACUUAUGACUUCUAGUUGAAUUCAGUGGUGAACUGCCAACGGCUGAUUCGCCUUCCGUGAACAAGAACCAUAAAGCUAUUUAGGAGUGGUUUAUUUUCUUUUUCCAUUGGGUAGCUGUGUUUUCAGUUCAUCAAGCUGUGUAAUUAUAUGGGUUAUAUAUAGAAAAGGAGAGGUAUGGGUCAAAUGUGAAAUGUGACCCUUAGUGCCUGGGGGGGAACCGUUUCGACAUGGAAAAAGAAAAUGAGCCAUACAAGAAAUACUGCAAUGGGAUUCACCAUUGGGCAACAUACUCCUAAGCAUGUUUGCUCAGGACUAAAUCCCAUUGGGUUCAAUGGGGCCAGCACCCUAGUAAAGUGCUCUUAGGACUAAGUGCACUAAGACUGCAAUCUAGAGCACAUUGACUUGGGAGCAAGCCCCAUUUAACACAGUGAGUCUUACCUGGAUGCAGACAUGGAUAGGAUUAUGUUGUAGAAAAUUUGACCAAGGUCCUUCAGAGUCUAAGAACCAAUGACUGCCUGUGAACUACUUCUUGCUUUGUUAGGACACAGGCAAUAAAAAGCAACGAGUGGGCCUUAUGAGUCCUUGCAUCCAGUUUACCCCUCCUAAACUGUCAUCCUUUUGCCUAAAGUGUGUGAAUCCCUACAGAGGAAACCUUCUGGCCUUAAGAUGAACGCUUCUCCUUCUCUAUGUAGCCUUCAACGUGGCACACUCAACAUGCUGUUGGACAGGGGGCGCAGGAUGGGAGUUAUGACUGUUCAGGUGAAUUGUGAUGGGAUGGAAGGUGAGAGUUCUGUAGGUUCCUGACCAGUCCACUACUGGCCUCUGGUUCAGUAUUAGGAUCUUAGUCCAGUAUCUCAGUUGGUGGUACCGGAAUAUUAGCUGACUAUCUUCUUCUGAAUCUGACAUUGAACUAAGGCCAUGACACAUUCAUAGCUGUGGUACAGAUAUUCCCCUACUGCUGCUCAUUCUACAGUGUCCCCAAAAUAUUGUACCCUAGCCAAGACUUAAAAUGUUGUAUUUUGCAACAUAUUAAAGCCUGCAUCUCCUAGUUCCUCAGAACAUUUGUAUUAAACCAAGGAGGGCGGGGGGGGGGGGGCGACUAAGUUACUGGACAAAUACCAAGCUGGUCACUACAUUUAAAGGCUGCAGUAUUUGCUGGUUUUAUGAAUAUUAACUUGAUUCAUAUCGGUUUUAUCUAUUCCUCUUGUAAAAUGUAUUUUAUUGCUUUUCUAUGGUUUUUACCUUGCCCGGGGGACAGGAAUUGUGAAGAUUGGGAUAAAGCUUUCUUAAGUAGUUAAAUUCAGUGCAAUCUUAAUCAUGUCUAGUCAGAAAUAAGUCCUACUGAUGUCAGUGGACCUCACUGUGAGAUAAGUAUGGUUAAGAUUUACAGCCAUUACAGUUGCUUAGGACAGGGAUAUUUGAAGGACCAUUUCCUUCAACAUUAUCUUGUCCAUCCACCGACUGAAGCUGGGGAGGCCCUGCUGUGUAUCUGAGGAUUGGUUGGUGGUGGGGAUCUGGCAGAGGGUCUGCAGAACUCACUGUUGUGGAAGAUCAGACUGUUCCCUUUCUUUGUGUCCUUCAGAUACAGGACCAUUAAAAAUUUUUUUUUGACAGUCAUGGUUUUGAUUGGCACUUAAAUUUUGCUGGUGAACAUCACCCCACUGCAUGGGCGUAGCAAUGGGGGCAGCUGCCCCCCCAUCAAGUAAAACAAUAGAAAUACAGUGGCACCUCAGGUUAAGUACUUAAUUCGUUCCGGAGGUCUGUUCUUAACCUGAAACUGUUCUUAACCUGAGGUACCACUUUAGCUAAUGGGCCCUCCUGCUGCCACUGCGCCGCUGGAGCACGAUUUCUGUUCUUACCCUGGAGCAAAGUUCUUAACCCGAGGUACUAUUUCUGGGUUAGCGGAGUCUGUAACCUGAAGUGUCUGUAACCUGAAGUGUAUGUAACCCGAGGUACCACUGUACUUAACUAACUGACCAAUCAUGUUGGUUCUGCCCCUCCUAAGAAAAGUCCUGCUCCUUUCCCCAACAAAAACCCUGACUACACCCAUGCCCCUCUGCAUACCAUGUUAUCUGGAUUUUCGCUCUUGGUUUAUUGUAUGAUGCUUUCUCUCUCACCUGUAUGUAGUUAGGUGCCUUCAGCAUCCCUUCACUGAGGUGUAAAUUUAUACCAAUAGAUGCAUAAGUAGAUAAUUUAAGGACAGCAUGGCACUGGCUUUCAUUUUGUGCACAAGUUAACCGUCUCUAUCUCUCUCUCCCAACCUCCCCUCUGUGCUUUCAUUCUGAAGGUUUCCACCUGUACCACAAGCUGCCCCACGUAGUGCCAGAGAGCUGCCUCCUUAUUCUGGUUGGAUUAAUUCUAGGUGGAAUUAUGUUUGGAGUACAAGAAAAGUCUAUAACGGUGAUGAACAGUGACGCCUUUUUCUUGUACCUUCUGCCCCCAAUUGUCCUCGAUGCCGGCUACUUUAUGCCAACACGCCUCUUCUUUGAGAACUUCGGCACCAUUUUCUGGUAUGCGGUUGUGGGGACUCUUUGGAACGCAUUUGGCAUUGGCAUUUCCCUCUUUGCCAUUUGCCAGAUUGAAGUAUUUGGCCUGAGUGAUAUCACUCUGCUGCAGAGCCUGCUUUUCGGCAGCUUGAUUUCAGCCGUGGAUCCCGUGGCAGUGCUGGCCGUUUUUGAAAACAUUCAUGUCAACGAGCAGCUGUACAUCCUAGUUUUUGGGGAGUCGCUGUUGAAUGAUGCUGUAACAGUGGUAAGUCACUUUGCUUAAGUGUUUCUCAUUGUUUCAAACUCUUCCCACUUCCCACAUUUCUUUCAGCUGUAUAACAGAGUGAAAAUGAAGAAGCUGGGGCUUUAUUGUGUUUUAGGAAAAAAAUAAUUAGAGCAGAAGAAUGCCUGCGAUACAUGCUAAUGGAUUUAGUAUUGGAUCUUUUAAGUGAUUUGUGCACUUUAUAACAUUUUGGGUCAUUUUAAUCAGGAAGCAGAAGUGUCUUCGUGAAAGGGGCCAGAAGAGGUCUUUAGCACUGAAUGAGUAAUAGGACAAGUAGGUCUGCUGAUCGAAUGGCUUCAAACAGAUGUUUCGGUUAUCACUACCUCGUUGUGGAUAUACUGUACCUACCUGCUUGUAGGUGGACUGAGAUUGCCAGUUUAUUUUAUGCAGCACACUUUGCAGCCGUUACACGGGAGCAAUGUUUAAUCAUUAACUGGAUUGGUUUUUAAAAGAUCAUAGACUUCAUCCAUCUACCAAUUCCCCAAGCUAUCCAUUUCCAUAUGAAUGAAUAAUCACACCAGGAACAUUGCUAGACUUUGUACUUACCUCAGGUUCCUUUUGGAAAAGUAUUGCUGCACUGAUCGCUUCCUGCUAUAAUUGUUUUAAUUGCCACUUUAUGGGUGGUGUAAUGACUCGCACUUAUAUAAGCACAUACACACCACACAAUGCAUGGAUUCACACACCUGAACAAGCACACAUAAGAAGGGGAAGUGUGUGAAUAGGUGGUAGUUGUCAUAUACCUCAGGGUGCUAGGAUAUCUGAACCUAAGGGGUCCGGAUCCAGUCACCUCGUGCCCUUGCCGUUAGCAUGAAGGAGUCAAGCAAACACCAGGGUGGGUUUCACAGAGAAAAAGGUUUAUUGCAGAAUCUGCGCAGAGACAGCCAGUGGAAUAGCUUCCAAAGACUGGCCGCCGCCCUAUUGUCUUCCGAGCAUUCUUAUACUGAAGCUGCAAGCUUGGCUCCCCAGUUGCUCCCCAAUCAACAGGCAGAGAUACACUUUAUUACCUUAUUAGGCUAGCUAAGCCCCCCCUCCCUUUUGCAGAUCUUUGCAAAUAUUAUUUGCUUCGCAUAAAUGUUUGCAUCUUUGCACAGCUGAGGUGGGAAGUCAGACAGGAAAACCACUACUGGCCUGCAGAGCUGAGCCUCUUCAGCUUCAGCUAUGUAGGAGGCCAGACAGGAAACCCACUGCCGGCCUGCAGAGCUAUCUUGCAUAGCUAGAAACAAUUGUUAGCUGGAGCUAGCUAAAACACGAUGGAGUUUUACCUCCCCCCUCUCUUCCCUCUCCCUUCAAGGGCAGGCUCAUGCAGAGCUUGUCUGAGGCCUGGGGUGGAAGUCUUGUUAUAAACUAAACUAAACAAAAAAAAGCAAGCCAGUCCCUAGCAAGUCCCCUCACUGGCCACCUUAGCCCUCCGAGGCGCGGUUUAGUCAACCUCUUCUAGCCAGCUCUUACAACCCAAGAUACACAACUACGGAGAGCACAUGUGGCAGACUGAAUGUUGUGAAGCAUCUUGUCCACAUCCUGACACCAUAGUAAUGGAAACUGCUCCUAAAUAAAUUUAACUAGACGGUGCACUGGACGCUCCCCUAGUACUGCCCCGAUAGUGAAGUCUACUUCAGAGUGAAUCUGAGUAACUUUGCCCUUAAAGUGUUUACCGCUGGUCUCCCAAGAUUUUGAAGGCCCCAGAAGUCAGCUGGAUUCAACAGUCUGAAGCGGUGCUGUGCUGGAAAUUUCUCAUACAUUUUCCAGACCGUUCUCUACCAAUAAGUGAGAUAAGAAAUUGCAUCUGAGAAUAAUCAAAGGGAAGAGAAAACUUUGGCAAAGUUCUCAGUGGUAAAGUACAGUUUUUUGUUUGAUGCAAUUGUCUUAAAUUUGAGAUGGUCGAGGGGUGUCUUUCAUUCUACAAAUUAUCUAACCUGCAUUGCAGGGGGUUGGACUAGAUGACCCUCGUGGUCCCUUACAAUUCUGUGAUUCUAACCAGUGGUCUGCGCUCUGAGGCCUUCCUGGGUGCCCAGGCUUCAGUCAAGGCCCAGGGGAAGACAUCAUGAGGUAAUUCCACCUAUUUACCCACUCCAGCAACAAAAUCCUUCCAAGCCGAUUCUUUUUUCUAUGUUUAACACGAAAUUACCUGACCUUCUUCAUGUUGCUGAGCGAAAUUGCUAUGGCCAUGGCAAUGUUCUGUAUUGGAGAUGAUCAAUUAAACUUGUUCAGUCCAGGCAUCCCGUAAAAACAACACCCUGUGAUGCCUUACUAUGUUUCAAACCAAUGUAGCAUAAUUCACAACAUGCUAAUGUAAGUCCUUCUUGACUGUACUUUCUUCAAAGUAAAAAAUUAAAAUAAAUGAAAAGGACUAAAAAAACUUGAUUCCCUUCUCGCCCAUAUAAUGUAUCUGAUCUAAUAAUAUGAAAAGCGUAUUUCACCAGCCAAGCUCUGGAGAUUUAUGGAAUAUUUAUAAAAUGUGCUAGUAUUAUUCUAGGGACAUAAGAGCAUAAAACGAGCUGUGCAAGAUAAGACCAUAAAUUCAUCUAAUCCAGCCUUCUGUUUCCUACAGUAACCAGGCAGUUGCCCUUCCCUAAUGUUUGCCUGUCAGCGCUUGCUUUUUGGAAACAUGCUUCUUAUGGAUUUGGAAGAUUCCAUCCAAGUAUCAUGACCAAUAGCUGCUGACAAGCCUAUCAGUGAUUAAUUUGAUCUGAACUCUUUCUGAAUGCAUAUAAAUUCAUGGUUAUGAAUUCCAUAAAUUAAUCAGACAUAAUCUUAUCGGCCUGUCAUCCUCCACGCUCAGUUUUCUUUCCCCCUCUUGUUUCAGGCCAGGGCCGGCUCACACAUGAGACAGGGUGAGGCAGCUGCCUCAGGUAGCAGAAGGCCAAGAGGUGGCGCUUCCUUAGGCAUCCCACUGCCUCUGCCAGAAGCUGCCAUCAUUGCCACUGCUCCACAGGUGCUACCAUGCAACCCAAGCAAGGGAAGCUGUGGUGGCGGCAUGGCAGCAUGGGUCACAGUGGUACAUUCCUGUUUCACCUCAGGCAGCACAAUGCAAUGUGCCACCCAUGCUCUAGGCAAUUCCUCCAUCCCCUUGAUCAUUUUGGGUGCCCUUUUCUCCAUGUUUUCUGUUGUAUCCUUUUUGAGGUGGGAUCACCUUUCUCAUUAUGAUGCAUGUUUGUGUUAUUUUCACUAAUAUAUUCAUUUUUUACACAUUUCACCCUAAUACAUGCAUUUCUGUAAACACUGGAUAGAGAACUACUGCUAAACUAAAUUUAGAUAACUGUGAAUUUUGAGGAUGGCUUCGUUUUGGUCCUCAUAUUCUUUUGGAAAGUACAAGCUUGAUAAAAUUGCCUUUAAAGUAUGUGUAUUCAAACAUGCAAGGUCUACCUUCUGUGAACGAAAGUGGUAUUGUCCAGGAAAAGCCUUGCUGCUUAGUUCUGCUGAGUAUAAACUGGACUGAUGCCUAGGUUUAAUGGAUAUCAUUUGAUAGCAUCAAGGAACGCCUGGGGAAUUGAACAAGGAAGUGAGCUUGCUGCUUUAAUGUGAGAUGGGAGUUCCAUUUCUAUCUUCUAUAUUGUAGAUUUACAUUGCAUGUUAAUAUAUUUUAAAAGAAAUGCUGUUCUGGGGCUUAAAUGUGGUGGCCAGUCUUUUAAUUAUGCAAGCGUCUUAUCAAAUUAAAUCUGUUCAGGUGAAUGCAUCCUGCUGUUGCAUCCUUUCCAGACUUUAUGCUUUUUCUGUGUCUCAGUUCACAGUACUGUGAUUACUGCAUUUUUUUAAAGCAGCAACAUGGACAUUGUUCCAUGCAAUGAGCCAUAGCUUACCCUACAUGUAGCAUGAUCCCUGGGCUCAUGCGUUCCUCUAUCCUCUGGUGUGGUCAUGAGGAGGAGAUCAGAAGUGAUAGCUUCUGUUUUCAGUUGACUGCAUGUGGUUCAUCAUGUCUGAAUGAGGACAAAUUGUGGGUAGUUUUAACUAUGGUUUGUCUGAACAAGCCAACUUCAACCAUGGCUAAUUAUCCUGUUGGGAUAAACUACAGUUAACACUAACCACAGUUUGUCCUAGUUCAGAAACUAGGUUGGGCUGGCAAUAUAAAAAGAUGAAUGGAAUAAGAGUCUGAUGUAUGCACAUUUUUCCUAUAUGAAGCAGCAUCAAGUCAGCCAUAUUUUAAAGCAGCUACUGUGCUGCACUGUGCUGACCAGACGAAGAUAAUCUAGAUCUAUUAUAUCUACCUCUGAUAUGGUAGAAUGCAAACAUACUUUGCAUUAUUUCAGGGCAAUUGCUUGUCUAACUAAUGGGAUGAGUGACAGAUCAUUUUCACUGGGAUAGUAUCAUGGUCUUCAGUUACAUCAAACUGUACUAUUGUCUAAAAUUACAUAGUAGCAAUAUUACAUAAUUUAAUUUUUCCAAUUAAAGCUACAGCGAGGAUUCUAAAAGAAGUUAACUUUUUCUCUCCCUUUCAUAGGUCCUGUACAACCUCUUCAAGUCUUUCUGCAAGAUGCGUACAAUUGCAGCUGUUAGCAUAUUUGCUGGAAUUGCUAAUUUCUUUGUAGUUGGAAUCGGCGGAGUUUUGAUUGGAAUUGUUAUGGGCUUUGUAGCAGCUUUUACGACACGUUACACCCAUAAAAUCCGAGUGAUUGAACCACUGUUUGUCUUCUUGUACAGUUACCUGGCAUACAUAACAGCUGAAAUGUUUCAUCUCUCAAGCAUUAUGGCGUAAGUAUCUAUGAAAAUAUACUGCGCUAAGAAUACCGUGGAUAUAUUAGAAACAUUAACCUCUGCUCUUAUAAGACCACAGCCCAAUGCUGACUCAAUGGGAGCAAGACAAUGAUAGAGUUUUAUUCUGCGUAGACAUGCAUAGAAUUUCACUGUCAGUUGACUAACAUCUUGUCAUCAGUCAAGAUGGCAACUGCAGAGGUAGGUGCAUGCCAGAGUUCAAAUUCAAAGCUGGGUUUUGAGCAGCUUUUUAUCCAGAUCAGUAUCUGAACCUCUAGUGCCUUACUUUUACUGAUAAAGCAAUGCGAAUUGGUCAGCUCAGGAACCUUUUUUGCUUUUGAAAACAACAUUGUGUAUGUACUCACUUUUUAAAUUCUUGCAUGGAACAAGCAGAACAUCCCCCCCCCCCAUUUACUCAUGUUAAAAUUUCCCAUUUAAUUUAUUUUUCAUUUGGAUCCCUAGUAAAGUGACCCUAGUGAAGUGAAAUUUAGAAGCACAUUGAAACUUUUGCAAAGUUUAGUAGCAGGUCAACGAAACUUGAUGACUGCAUCCAGUGAUCUAGAUUUUUCCAGUCACCAGACAGAAACUGCCUUGUUUGUGCAAGGUGACUUGCAUUACUGGUAUAACCAUGAUGAAAUGCAGUUUGUAUUAUCAUCAAACUUUUUUCUUUCCCUUUCCUGCUGUAAAGAUGGUUUUAGAUAAGUGAAUAUGAUUGCUUUAAGUGUGUUUAACCCAACUGAAAUCAAUAGAAUAAAGUAUUCUCGACUCUUUGUUUGAUAACUGGGCACAGAAAUAAAAUAAAAAUUAAGAGAAAAUUGGCAUCUUCUUAGACAUAUGAUAUUAUUAAAUGCUCUGAGUCUGGUGCAAAUCUUGAGUAAUAAUGAUAUAUUCUAGCCGUUAUAGCUGCAGUUCAUAGUUAUACUAUGACGGUCAGAUACCAUACAUUGGCUAUGUGGCUGAUUUUCAACAUUCCAUUGCAAACUGCAAACACACAAUCAAGCAGAGGUUGUGUGAAUGGGUGAUGAUGUGAUGAAUUCUCCAAGAAUUGCUUGGUGAAUUGCUUCACAUCACUGUCUUCCCCCAGUGGAGCAACCUCCAUGCAGUUUACUUGACUUGCAGUCACAGUGAUGUUUGUUGAGCUCUUCACACUUUAGUUGGGAACCAGAGUGUGUGGACCAUAGGUCCACGGCCAGGCCACACAAUCGAGCUUGCACACUUGUGUGUCCUCUGCAGGUUUAUGGUGCGUGCAACUGUAGCUGAAACAGAAAUAAUUGAAAACCAUAUAAACUUCCUGUUCACCGCCUGUCCCCAGCAGAUGUGCCUUCCGCUCACUCAAAGCAUUCUUUGUAUCUCACCCUUUAUGUUUUUUAAGAUACCUGGAUGAUUUAAGUAUACACCCCAAAAAUGUGACAUAUAAAACCAUAUAGGUUUGCUUCUACAUGAUAUUUUAAAUGGCUAAUUCGUGUGUGAAUCUGGCCUUGGUUGGCAAUGGAAGACAUUUGAUAGGUGCAGCCGUUCAACAUCAUGGAAAAUACCUUAGAGUUCAAAAUUAAAACAGGAAGCAUGGUCCUAGGUCCACCCACAUAAGAUAUCUGUUUGAAGUUCAUCCUCUGUCAUGAAAUGGCAUCUUGUGAAAAGUGAAAUCAUGACACGCUGAAUCCCACAACGCUGAGUAACUAAAAAGGAGACACUUAAUUAUAGCAGUCAGCUGGUGCCCAUGGUGCACUGUGGCAGCAUGUAACGUCCUUACAGAACAGCAAAGGAAACAAGCGUUUCCUCAAAGAAUGAUCACUUCGUUUUCUGCAAGUAAAUUGACACGGAGCCUUCCCUUUAAAAAAAAGGUUAGGAAUGAAGCACUGUGUGCAUGUUAAUUUACCAUGACUUUGCAAAUGGGUUUUUAAACUUCCUUGCAUUUAAACAUCAGUUUGUAAUAUGAAGUUAUGCAAGAGACUUGCUGUUCAGGAACAGUGAAACAAUGUCCCAUGACGCACACAGUCCCAUUGAAGUCCACGCAGUUCCCUUAUAUUUACUAACGCUGACCCACACAAUCAACCGACAGCAUGAUCCUAUCAGAUGUCUGGUUGGAAGGAAGCCCCAAUGAGUUCAAUUGGAUGUACUCCAGCAUGUGUAUAGGCUUACAGCCUAAAUUCUCAGAGCUCUUCCUUCCUGUUCUAGCUAAAGUUGGUUCCACCUUUCAGUCAAUCACUUUUUGAACCUCUCCAUGUAUUUAAUGCUGCAACAGCAGCCGGAUUGCUGAAAUGGAAACUUAAGCAGAAUUUUGCUAAUCUGAGGAACUGCCUUAAAACCUUCCUGGGAUAACAGGCUAUGCUUUUCGCGUUGGGCUGUGUAAACUUUAAUGUAAGUAUUUUGGAAGCUGAAUUAAAAGUUGUUUUCUUCUGCAGGAUUACAGCUUGUGCUAUGACCAUGAGUAAAUACGUGGAGGCGAAUGUUUCUCAAAAGUCCUACACCACAAUAAAGUACUUCAUGAAGAUGCUGAGCAGUGUCAGCGAGACCCUGAUCUUUAUUUUCAUGGGCGUGUCCACAGUUGGAAAAAACCAUGAGUGGAACUGGGCCUUUGUUUGCUUUACCCUCCUGUUUUGUUUGAUUUGGCGUGCGCUAGGUAAGAGACAAUUAAAACGGUAUAGAUUGCACUUCAACAUACUUUACACCUGAAACAUGCUUAUCUUUUAUGGAACAGUGUGCUUGACCAAAAAAAGAAAGAAAAGAAAGCUGCCAUCAAGAGAAAAAGCAAAAACUGCUUGAGAGAAAGACAUGUUCUGGACAUGGAAGACUGUGGGUCUCUCCAGAUGAUCCUUCAAUGUUAUUUCAAGUGCUAAAGUAAAUCAGUCCGCCAGUCUAUAAGCUAUGUUUAGGGAAGCUUUUAAUGUUUAGUAGAUUAUUGUAUUUUAAUAUUCUGUUGGAAGCUGCCCAGAGUGGCUGGGGAAAUCCAGCCAGAUGGGUGGGGUAUUAAUAAUAAUAAUAAUAAUUAUAAUGUCAAUUUGGUUGGCUUCUGUGCUUGGGAGUGGUGUGGUGUCUCACAUUUCAAUGGCAGUUUGUCCGCAACACCAAAAUUCAGGGCCUCCUUCCACUUCUCCACUUCCAUUCUACAUUACAGUUGCAGCGCCCCUGUAGCUUUGGUUCCAGUGUGACCAAAUCAGUUGGACUCCCGUAAAUCCACCUCCGUUGGUGGGAAUGUUGCUGUUCAUUUCAGGCAGUGAAAUGUUUUGGACUGUCCCUGGUAGGGGAGCUUUUUAAAAUUCUUCCUCUUGAUUUAGGUUAUCAUGAUACUUCCAUUAAGAAAGUGUCCUUGGUUCAACCCCCACCAACUACAGUGAGAAAAGUCUCUCUCCCUCCCUCUCUCUCUCUCUCUGUGUGUGUGUGUGUGUGUGUGAGAGAGAGAGAGAGAGAGAGAGAGAGAGAGAGGGAGAGAGAGAGCUGUGCAGGAAGUGUGGAGAGAAGUGCAGGGACACUCAGGUUGCUUGUGCAACAGAAGCCCUUGGGAAAGUGUCACAUGUAAAUAAAACUUCUGCACCUCUUUUUCAUAUGACAUAAAAUGGAAGAUAACAUUCUUACAUUUAUUUUGGAAACAUUAUUAUAUUUGUCUUAAAUUUUAGGUUCUGAACCAUGCUUGUCUUUCUAUGUUUUCCUUAGGAGUUUUUGCAUUGACUCAAAUUAUUAAUGUAUUCCGGACAAUUCCUAUAACAUUUAAGGACCAGUUUAUUAUUGCCUAUGGAGGCCUCCGAGGAGCCAUAUGUUUCUCUCUUGUUUUCUUGCUUCCUUCUGCCGACUUCCCUAGAAAGAAGCUUUUCAUUACUGCUGUUAUUGUGGUGAUAUUCUUCACAGUCUUCAUUCAGGUAAGAAUAUCCCUCUUUUGGGAUGGGAUUAAAUAGUUAUCUGUACUAAAACCUGCAAAGAGCCCAGUCAAUGUUCCUACUACUUAUUUUGGCCAUGGGACUAAUAUAGUAUUGGCACUGACAGCCUGUAAGUAGCCCAGUACCAAUGUAAUCUGAAACUUCUACUGGAAUAAGUGAAUUCACUCCCAAGAGUAAUUUCUUCCUCUUGUCCUCCUAAUGUCUUGCAUGAUCAUAUUUUACUUGUGUAAUGAAUAUUCUGUAAUUUGGAAGAGAUAUCUCCAUAGCUGUCAACUUUCCCCCCUUUUUAAGGGAAAUUCCCUUAUUCCGAAUAGGAUUCCUUGCAAGAAAAGGGAAAAGUUGACAGCUGUGGAUAUCUCACAGAAGGACUUAUACACAACUUAGUAAAUCAUAUUCUGAACUAGUUAACACAUCUUGUCUUGUUUACAGGCAAAUUGCGAAAUCAGUUUUAAAAACAAAGAUCACAAUUUGUGACUUGCCAGUAAUAUACAUAAAAAUGCAAGGCUGUCGUUAUGCUGCCGUCCAUGUGGCCAGUAGGAGGCCACACCAGCUCCAGUGUGUUGGCAGUCUGUCAGGUGAAGCCGCAGUCUGGUUGGCAGGUGACUCAGGUGAACUGUUUCAUGGAGGGGAGAGCUUCACAGAGCUUUUUGACAAACCGCUUUGUAAAUUGGUUGUCUCCCUCUGUUAAACAUGGCUGCAGCCACAUGUAAUGGAGAAGGGAGGUGCUUCAUUCACAAAAGGUGGGGCAAACUGAGAGAGGAGGGGGAGGUGAGGUUUGGCUGAGCUGCGAGAAGGUGGGUGAGGUGUAAAGGGAGAAGGGGUUGGCCAGGUGUGGAGGAAUCAGAACAAGCCGGGGUGGCAGCCCCUAGUCAUUUAUAAAUUUGACCCAAUGCAUUUUACAGCUUGUUGACUUCCAGCCUCCUUUUAUCUGGAAAUGUAGUGGCUCACAGAGAACAUACUUUGCUUUUUGCCCUGUUAAUACCACAGAUAGAAAUCUAGGAAGCUAGCUUAUUCCAGAGCUGUGUAUACACCACACAUUUCAAGUACCUCCCAUCAGAAUCCUGGCCACUGUUGUUUACUCCUCAUAGAGCUAUAAUUCUCUGCACCCUUAACAAAAUACAGUUCCCAGGAUUCUUGGGGAUGUGUGUGUUUACAUAUAAGCAGCCCCAGGUCAGACUGGUUCUCCACCUAGUCCAGCAUGGUUUUCUGUGAAAGACAACAGAUUUCUAGGGCCAAGGCCAGUUUUUCACAAUCACCUACCACCUAUAUUUCUUGGGUAACUGGAUUCAGACAUCAGCAGUAGAUCUUUAAAGUCUGUGCUGUCUGGUUUCAAAAAUAAGAAAAAGAAAGAAAGCCAGGUACAUUUUGGGGGAUUUUAUUGUGCUGUUAUUUGAGGCAACAUGCAACUGUUCUACUGCUUCUGAACAUUCAUUUACCAAGCUGCACACUGAACAGAAUAUAAGAGUGACACAGUGGAAAGGAAAUUUUAGGGCUGAUGUGAUUUUCAUGCUUGUUUUUGUGUUUCCUGAAAACAGGGAAUAACAAUUCGCCCACUGGUGGAAUUUCUGGAUGUUAAAAGAGCAAAUAAGAAACAACCAGCUGUUAGCGAGGAAAUUUAUUGUCGGGUAUGUUGGAGUUUUGGGUGAACAGCAUUUACUGAAAUGUGCUUUUAAUAGCUGAAUGUUUCUUCUUUGGUGGGAAAUAAUGUGCCAUUUAUAACAUGUGCUUGUUACAUGAAUGAAUUCAUUUUGGUACUACAUGUGUCACAUAACUGUGUGUCUUUGAGUUCGUGAACAUCUUUUCAGCCUGCAGCCUGCAGUUCUGGCCAGGUGUGUCAUAUCACAUUCCCGCCCCCCCCCCCGGCAAUCUUAAGAUAGUUACUUUAAAACACACUAGUUAGGCACAACAAUUUAAUUCAGUUUAACCUUUAUAGCUCAGUCCUUCAUGUUUGCUUGGAAGUAAGUUUCAACUGAGCUCACUGGUUGUUAACUCCCAAGUAAGUAUUGAAGCUCAGUUAAAUUAUACACAUAAUGAAAGCAGGGGUGUGAUCUACUCUCUAUAGACACAGCUGUGCACAUGUGGCUCAGGGCAAGCUGCUUAAUUCGCUUCCCUCUUUUCCCUGGAGCCUGAGCUACUGGUAUACCAGGAUGCUGGAGAAGAGACGUAUGGCUUCUGAUACAUAGACGAGACACGCACAUGCCACCCUUUGAAACUAACAGCUGGUUAGGUGCAGUGUGCGAUAGUAAAGUUAAAAGGUAAAGGACCACUGGAUGGUUAAGUCCAGUCAAAGGCGACUAUGGGGUUGUGGUGCUUAUCUCGCUUUCAGGCCGAGGGAGCCGGCGUUUGUCCACAGACAGCUUUCUGGGUCAUGUGGCCAGCAUGACUAAACUGCAACAGAUGAUGGAAACCAGAGCACACAGAAAUACCAUUUACCUUCCUGCUGCAGCGAUGCCUAUUUAUCUACUAGCAUUGGUGUGCUUUCGAACUGCUAGGUUGGCAGGAGCUGGGACAGAACAAUGGGAGCUCACCCUGUUGUGUGGAUUCGAACUGCUGACCUUUCGAUCAGCAAGCCCAAGUGGCUCAGUGGUUUAGACCACAGUGCCACCACUCCCCUGUGCGAUAGUGGCCAAGGGUUAACUAGAGUGAUAUGGUUGCAUGCACACCAUACAUUUAAAGUACAUGGCUUCCCCAAAAGACUCCUGGGAACUGUAGCUUAUAUGUCUCAGCACUCUUAACAUACUAUAGUUCCCAGAAUUUUUUGGGUAAGCCAUAUGCUUUUAAUGUAUGGUGUGAAUAUAGAUUUAGAGAGAAGAAAGAAAUGCCAUUUUCUCUCAGCCAUUGUGUUCUUAGAACUGGGUCAUUAGGUUACAAACAUUGAGUGACUUUAAGAGAAGCUUAGAUAAACAAUAUUUAUAUUUUCCUCAGUGAUUGCAUGUGGCUUAAGUCUGUGGCACAUAUGAAAGCAAGUAAUGAGUCUGUUUCCACAUUUUAGUUCUUUGAUCACGUGAAAGCUGGAAUUGAAGAUGUGUGUGGACACUGGAGUCACAACUUUUGGAGAGAUAAGUAAGUAGUGUACUGAAACGUUAGUGGAGUGUGGGAAAAGUGAGAAGCCCAGCUUGUUUCCUCAGUUCAACAAUUACAUUCUGAAAUCUGCAAAUGAUUUCUGUAAAGCAUUAUUUUGUGUGGCUUUGUGGUUGAGAUAAUUUUAGCAAACCUGAAUACUGAUAUAUAAUUAGUUUAAGCAUUUGUAUUCAUCAAACUACAUGGAUUAAAAACCUGACUUUAUUUCAAUAAUCCUACAUUCAAAAUACAAGUGUUUGUUAAUAUUCAUGAAGUAAGCUUCUGGGACUUCGGUUUAGCUAUUGGACCAUUCUAGUUCAAAUGUGUUGUUAUGAAGUGCAUAGCUUGUGUCCAAACCUGCAGUUCUUCCAUGCAAACCUGACACUCCUUUUUUGGAUCUUUUGACUUUGUGGCCCAAGUAUGUCCUGAAAGUGGUACUUCAUGGAGUCAAAGAAUACCACUGAGUAUCAUUCAAGCAUCUUAUUGGAAUAACAUGGAAUUAGCACAUUUCUUUAAAAGGUGUUAAGCAGGACUCAAACUUUCAUAAACAGCACGGUAUCAGUAGCCUUAACCCCUAAUGAGUCAACCUGCUCAUUCAAUCAGCAUCCAUACAGGUACAUCGGAAAGUUAAGAUGUGGGGAAAUUGGUCAGAGAAUGUCUCUCUGUGUGUAGGGUAGCUGAGGCUAGAAGAAGCUUGUGGGCUGGAUGAUAAAGGCAGGGGGAAGAGAGAGCAUGAGACCAAGCAGUUAGCUGCCUGGGAAUGUGAAAGGGCGAGGGGUUGGCUUAAUACCUGAGAAAAGGUGGCUUAUAAAGGAGACAUGGAAGGGAAUGAAAAGUCUGACAGCUGAGGGACUUGCAAGGAAAGAGAGUAUGUGAUACCCAUCCUUUACUUCUGUGAAGCUGGAGUUUGAUGGAAGAGAAAUGGCAUGGAGGCCCUUCUUACACCAGGAAAAAUAUCUAGAGGAAUAAGAAAGAGAGAGACUAACAAAGGCUAACAACCCUCCUUCCCUUUCUCAUUGAAGUCAGGAUGGGUACUACACCUGGAUUAAGAGGUUACAGUAUUGGUUAAAGGUCUUGUCCAGGCUUCCUCAACUUCAGCCCUCCAGAUGUUUUUGGCCUACAACUCCCAUGAUCCCUAGCUAGCAGGACCUGUGGGAUGCUGGGAAUUGUAGUCUCAAAAACAUCUGGAGGGCUGAGGUUGAGGAAGCCUGGUCUUGUGCCUUCCUGGGCUAAAAACGGAAGGUGAAAAUUAACAGUAACUGGGACCAUCCCCUUCGGUUACUUCUAAGCUGGGAAUUUUCCAAUUUGCCAGGCGGUUCCAAAAAGGAGCAGAGGAAGCAAAAGGAUUAAGCUGGAAACUAUAACAGUGGGCAUAACUCAAGGGUGCUGACUGUAUGUGUCACAUAGGAAGCAUUUCAGAGUAUGUCUUCCACCUGUCUUUUGGUUAUAGCUCAGGCUGCUCCUAGUCCUGCCUGUGAGCAGAAUUUUAGCUGCCAUUCCCUGUGCAGGCUAUCCAUGUCAAAAACUUGAUCUCGUAACAGUGUUUAGACUGCAGCAUUUUAGAAUUUAAUCUGCAGCAUUGCUUCUACUCCUCACAGGUUUAUAAAGUUUGACAAGAAAUACUUGCGAAGGCUUCUGAUUAGGGAAAGUGAGCCUAAAUCAAGUAUAGUUUCCCUGUACAAGAAACUUGAAAUAAAGCAUGCGAUAGAGAUGGCAGAAUGUGGAAUGAUAAGUACAGUACCAUCGCUGGCUUCUAUAAGGUAAGUUGAGGGCAGUAGGGUGCAAUAUCAUUGCUAGUUUGAAUCUUGACUAUGUUGCAUUUUGAAGUGUGCAUUCUACAGUUGCCAAAUCAUAGCCAAAAGUGAAUUAAACAGUAUUUUCUACAUCUAGGAUUAACUAGUCUGUAUAUUUAUUUCAAAGAAUUAUGUUGUGUCCAAAACAUUAAAAACAUCCUGAUGGCUUGCAAUAGAAGAAAAAACAGCUUACAAAAACAAACAAACAACUUAUUAUUAAAUAAAAUAAAUAAAUAAAUAAAUAAAUAAAAUUAAAUAAAAUAUUAUGUUGUAAAGCUAAAUACAUCAAUGGCAGUACAAUAUAUGGAUCCAACACCAACAAUAAAACAUUUAAAAUGCCUGGGAUUUUUUAUUAUUAUUAUUAUUAUUAUUAUUAUUAUUGACAAUAAAGAAAGUGGCAUGUGAACUUCUCCCAGCAGAACAUUCCAUGACCAGGGUGCCACCACUGAAAAGGCCCCAAAACCUGUUGUAUCUAUCCAUUGUAUCCACAAAAGUGGAGGCACUGCAAGAAAGGCUUUUAAUAAUGUUCUUAGUGAAUGGGCAAACUCAGUGAGACUUCAAUUGGUAAAUUAAUCAACCAGAGCUGCAACCCCUAUACCCGCUUACCUGGAAUAAGCCCCAUUGAACUUACUUGAACUUUCUUCUGUGUUGAAAUACACAGAAUUUUGAUAUCAGACAUCUAAGCUGUAAUCCUACAUGCACUUAGCUGGGAGUAAAGUCCAUUCAACUCAAUGGAUCUUGGUUCUGAGGCCCAUGUUUGUGCCAUCUUGCUCAAUACUGUCUAGACUGACUAGCAGUAGCUUUCCUGGUUUUCAGACUGGCGUGUCACCCAGCCCUAACUGGAGAUUUCAGGACUUGAAUCUCAGACCUACUGCAGAUACUUAACGAGUAAACUACAGCCCUUCCACAAACAACCUGUGCUACUGUAAUAUGGAAUGGCAACUGACAUAUUGAAGAUAGUUUUUCCUUCUAACAAUUAAUGCAUGCUUUUUACUGUGAGGUGCCAUGAGCUUUUCUUACACUGAAAUUCCUUGCUGUCUGAUGUUUUCAACUUUUCAAAGCAAUCUACAGUCGGUUGACAUACCCACCAGUAACAAAUGUGAACAAAAUUCUAUCUUGGUUACAUUUAAAAGAACCCGUGGCUCAGUCCUAUUCAGGAUUUUCCUAGAAUUCUAUUUGUGUACUUGCAUAUAUCUUGAAAUUGUUUGAAAUGUAAUAGCUGUAGUUAGACCAGCCGGGACUUUUGUUAUAGAAAUUGUAAGGAUAGGCAUUCCCUGCCCUCCCAGCACCCCAUUUAUGGAGAAAUGUGAGUAGCAGUGAAAUUCUGUAUACUCAGAAGUAGGCCCUGCUGAGUUCAGUGGCAAUUACUUCCAGGUAGCUGUGGCCUUGGGACGCGGGUGGCGCUGUGGGUUAAACCACAGAGCCUAGGACUUGCUGAUCAGAAGGUUGGUGGUUCGAAUCCCCGCGAUGGGGUGAGCUACCGUUGCUCGGUCCCUGCUCCUGCCAACCUAGCAGUUCGAAAGCACGUCAAAGUGCAAGUAGAUAAAUAGGUACCGCUCCGGCGGGAAGGUAAACGGCGUUUCCGUGCUCUGCUCUAGUUCACCAGAAGUGGCUUAGUCAUGCUGGCCACAUGAUAUGGAAGCUGUCUGCGGACAAACGCUGGCUCCCUCGGCUUAUAGAGCGAGAUGAGCGCCGCAACCCCAGAGUUGGUCACGACUGGACCUAAUGGUCAGGGUUCCCUUUACCUUCACCUAGCUGUGGCCUUAUUUAUAGUAUUGCAAGUUAUUAUGUAUUUUCCUUUAUAUUUUGUUUCACCUUCUUACAGUGAACUUAAAGAAGAAGAAGAAGAAGAAAUAAGACCUUCCUAUCCUGCCAAGAUGGAUGACAUAAGAUACAUUUUAACAAAAAAUCUCUAUCAGAUACGGCAAAGAGUAAGUAGAAUACAGCAUUAAUGGAACACCCCCGUGGUGAAUGUAUCUAGUUUCUCAGCUGGCAAUGUUUUUUCCUCCCUUAAUAAAAUCACCAGGAUGCCAUCCUAAGCAAACUUACUUGGAAGCCAUUUCCAUUAAAAUCAGUGGGACUCGCCUCUGGGAAAAUGUAUUUAGGAUUAGUGUAUGGGAAAGCUGAUAAAUAAACAUGGUAAAGACAAAGAAGUAUGAGAAGUUGUACUCCAGGCUUUAUAAAUUGUCUUAAGAAGAGGAGUUUGUGACGGUUUUCUAGAACACAAAGAUGUGCCACUCAACACUAGGCACGAGCAUAAAUUCUGAAUAUUCUGAGCUAUACACGCACACAAACACACACUUAAUACAUACACAGAUUUAAGGUGCUGUGCAUAGGUGAGUUUCACAGUAGCUUAAAAUAGUUCCUUAUUCGCUGGUCAUUAAGAGAACCCUGUGCGGCCAACCUCUAUGUAAAUAGGAUGUUGAAGCUUAUUGUAGCUGUUAAUGUUCACGAUCCUAUUAAGCUGGAAUUUGAUCGCCCAGGGUUUCUGAUUAUUAAAUACAACUCCACAUAAUGGAUUCCACUGCAUUUUACAGUGGACCCUCCAGAUACGAAUUAAAUUUGUUCUGGGGGUCCAUCCGCAAUCCGCAAAGUCUGUAGGCAGAGGCGCUGCUUCUGCAUGCGCGCGGCACGAUUCAGCGCUUCCAUGCAUGUGUGCAGCACACAGAGUGCUUUUGCACAUGUGCACACAGCGAAACGCAGAAGUAUACACUUCCUUCCAGCUUUGCCACGUUCAUAACCCGAAAGUUACGUAUCCAGAGCAGUACGUAACUGGAGGGUCCACUGUACUGUGUGAUAAUAUCGAAAUGUCUAAAUGGACCAUCUCUUUCACAUUCCUGUUUGUACGAUGCCCGUAAUGGCGUCUGUCCUUAAAAUCUUUAUAUACAUAGAUCCCAUCAAAGCAGGGAAUUUAUAUUUUUGAAGGACAGCGAACAUUUAAAAAAUGAAGAAUUAUGUCCAAUGGUUUAGUGCAUGGGUAGGCAAACUAAGGUCUGGGAGCUGGAUCUGGCCCAGUUGCCUUCUAAAUCUGGCCUGCGGACGGUCCGGGAAUCAGCAUGUUUUUACCUGAGUACCUUUUAUUUAAAAUGCAUCUCUGGGUUAUUUGUGGGACAUAGGAAUUCGUUCCUUUCCCCUCCGCCCCCAAAAAAUAUAGUCCGGCCCCCCACAAGGUCUGAGGGACAGUGGACUGGCCCUCUGCUGAAAAAGUUUGCUGACCCCUGGUUGAGUGCAAGUGAAAAGUAGCCUGUUAAGCUGAUCUUUCUAUCCUUCUCUUCCUCUUCUUUCUUGCCAUCCUUGCAACCUAUGAAAGCCUUCUCCAGAGGAUUGGGGAUCCUCCUGAAGAGGAGGGGGAGUCCUAUGGAACUCCAGGGCAAGAGGGAAAUCACCCAGCAUGGGGUAGAGGAAUAUUGCAGUUGCAUAAAUGUUAUGAACACGACUUGCAAUGCUUAAAAUUCUUAAUUUUUGUAUGCCAAAUAACCAAACAACAACCAAAGGUCCAAAGGCUGUACAAGCAUUAAAUUACACAUCUUGAUUGCAUAUAAUUCAUUGUAAACAUUAUGCUAGUUUGAGUGUUGUUUGUGAGAUUUCUUAAAGCACUGAAUUAUAGCUAGUUUGCAGCCCUGUACCACUCAUGGCAGGGAUGCAGGUGGUGCAGAGCCUAGGACUUGCCGAUCAGAAGGUCGGCAGUUCGAAUCCCCGCAACGGGGUGAGCUCCCGUUGCUCGGUUCCUGCUCCUGCCAACCUAGACGUUCGAAAGCAUGUCAAAGUGCAAGUAGAUAAAUAGGUACCACUCCGGCGGGAAGGUAAAUGCCGUUUCCUUGCGCUGCUCUGGUUUGCCAGAAGCGGCUUAGUCAUGCUGGCCACAUGACCCGGAAGCUGUACGUCGGCUCCCUCGGCCAAUAAAGCGAGAUGAGUGCUGCAACCCCAGAGUCGGCCACGACUGGACCUAAUGGCAUUAAUAUGGCCGUUGCUUUUAUUCUCGUUUCAGACACCAUCAUACAACAGGUACAGUCUUGCUGAAGAUGCAAGCGAAAAGCAGGCAAAAGAAAUUUUGAUUCGUCGCCGACACAGCCUGAGGGAGACCGUGAAGAGGGGCAGCAGCUUGUCAAGACAGGUACUUGUAUGACACCAGUGGCAUAGCGUGGGGGGUGCAGGGGGGGCCUGCCGCACCGGGCGCAACAUCUGGGUUAGGGGGCUCAAAUCCACGGGUUAGGGGGCGCAAAUUACUUGCCUUGCCCCGGGUGCUGACAACCCACGCUACGCCACUGUAUGACACAGAACCGUAGAACUGUAGAGUUGGAAGGGACCACGGGGGUCAUCUAGUCUAGCCCCCUGCAAUGCAGGACUCUUUUGGCCAACGUGGAGCUCAAAGAGUCUCAUGCUCUACCAACUGAUCCAUCAGAGUUUGCACAAGGGAGUUGAAAAAAUAACGGCCCCAUCACAACUCACAGUGUAAUAUGUAUUUUAUACUCUUGCAUUUGUCCCCAGGUACAAAUUGUAUCAGAAGUUGCCGUAAUCAUGCAUAUAUUUCACUUUGCUUGUACAGAACACAUUUCAUGUUUCUUUCUGCAGGUGGCAGCCAAACCACCCCGUUAUCUGUCACUGCCUAAAAACACUAAACUCCCCGAGAGAGUACGGAAAAGAAAUCAAUCUUCUUAUAAAGGUAAUACAGUUUCUGAGUAAAAGGAAGAGUGAAUUUGGCUUUUGUUUUGUUUCGUUAAUGAAGUGGUUACCUGGAAAACAAGCAAAUGUGCCAGAGAGGAUCAUGGGUUAUUUCCAUACUUUCCAAGAGAACUGCUACUCCCUAUGCAAAUAGGUCCAUUUCUUUCACUUGCCAAGAAGGUGCUCUUGGUGAUUUUUUGUGAAUUGGUGCAUGCGAUUGCAUGUAUGCUUUGUAUACAGUGGUACCUCAGGUUACGUCUCAAAAGAAUUACAGUGGUACUUCGGGUUACAUACGCUUCAGGUUACAGACUCUGCUAACCCAGAAAUACUGCUUCUGGUUGAGAACUUUGCUUCAGGAUGAGAACAGAAAUCGUGCUCCAGCAUCGCGGCAGCAGCAGGAGGCCCCAUUAGCUAAAGUGGUGUUUCAGGUUAAGAACAGUUUCAGCUUAAGAACGGACCUCCGGAAUGAAUUAAGUACUUAACCUGAGGUACCACUGUAGUAUGUUUGUACAGUGGUACCUUGAGUUACAUACGCUUCAGGUUACAGACUCCGCUAACCCAGAAAUAGUACCUCGGGUUAAGAACUUUGCUUCAGGAUGAGAACAGAAAUCGUGCUACGGCGGCGCAGCGGCAGCGAGAGGCCCCAUUAGCUAAAGUGGUUCUUCAGGUUAAGAACAGUUUCAGGUUAAGAACGGACCUCCGGAACGAAUUAAGUACUUAACCUGAGGUACCACUGUAUAUACUCAAGGGAUAGCAUGGUAGCCAUUGGGAUGGCAGCUGCUUACCUGCUCAGAUGAGUGACCAACAGUGGCAAGGAGCAGCAGCUGCUGCUGCCUGCAUUCUAUCUAGAGAAAAGGGGAGAGGAAGGAAGGAGUCUCUAGCAGGGCAGUACACCUACCAGGAAGGGGCGUUAUCUGGCUGAAGCCCCAGCCCUGGAAAGGGGUAUGAUGGAGCCAUAUUUGCCUCUGCAGCACACCCCAAUCCUUUAGGCCUUAUAUUGUAGAUCUUAUCUCCACAAAAACCUACCAAACUUGUUUGGCCAGGGACAAAAGUGGAACAUGGGAUGAAGUGCACCUUUAAUUUUCAGGGAGGGAGAAAGAAAACUUACUGUCCUCCUCUGACUUUAUAGCCCUAGGCCCGGAUCCAAAGCUACUUUAGACACACCCAAAAGCUUGAACGUACUGUACCAUUCUUGGCUUUCCUUCUUUGCAUUGCAGAUUCCCAGCCAUGAAUUGCUUUGGAAUGGCUCCAUUGUUGCCAAAGCAGUCAGGGAGGUGUCUGCUUGUAGAACCACAAGCCCAAAGGCCUGGGGUGUGAGGAGCUAGUUGUGUGAUUCUUUGGAUCUCAGCCAUCGAUUCACCACAAUGUUGAGUUCCCAAUAGCACUGCAUUGUGUGUUCACCUGUUCCUUUCAUACCCUCUGCUUUAAACGGAACAUCUCUUACUCAGCACACACACGUGAAGGAAAAAUAAUAAACAAAUAAAUUGUUAUGUGAACAUCAGGUUCAAGCAAAUGGCAACAACUUUUGAAUGGUUACUGUGGUGACUAGGACACUUAGCCAGAUUUUCAUCAGAUUCUUGCAAUUGUGUCUAAUGUCUUAGACUCUUAAGACCAUGGGUAGGCAAACUAAGUUCCGGGGGCCAGGGCCGUCCCAUUCGCCUUCUAAAUCCGGCCCGCAGAUGGUCUGGGAAUCAGCAUGUUUUUACAUGAGUAGAAUGUGUGCUUUUAUUUAAAAUGCAUCUCUGGGCUAUUUGUGGGGCAUAGGAAUUCAUUCAUUUUUUUUUCUUUUCAAAAUAUAGUCUGGCCCCCCACAAGGUCUGAGGGACAGUGGACCGCCCCCCUGCUGAAAAAGUUUGCUGACCCCUGCUUAAGACCUUGCUUGUUAGUUACAUGCCGUCGCAAAACAGCUUUUUUCAUCUCAAAAGUCUGUCCUAAGAUGUCAUGUUCGCUCUCUGGAACAGGAAAAUAACGACAGUGUUGUUGUUUAUCUGCCUGUUGUGAUUUCCCAAGCUUCAUCAUUAUCAUCAUCAUUUAUUUAUUUAUAUGCCACCCUUCUGACUGGGUUGCCCCAGCCACUCUAGGUGACUUCCAACAAAUCAAAACAUCAAACACAGUAAAACAUCAAACACUAAAAACUUCCCUAUACAAUCAUCACCACCCAAUGUUUUCUUUGUUUUUUCUCAGACCUGAAGUUUGGCAUUUCUUUUUCCUCACAAUGCAAUUGCAGCACCAGCCUGUCCAGUGUGGGCAGGCAAAUAUAACAUCUCAGGGCUUCUGUGCCUUUGAUUUAAUAUCUCCUGUUUGCAGGUCUAACCUUGCAACAUCUUCUCCUGCAGAGAAUUCCUUACAGAUAGCUUUGAAAAUUAUGUAACUCUUACUUAAAAGUAAAUAAGCACUCAGUUCCAAUGCACCAUCAGUGUUUCCCAAACUUGGGUCUCCUGCUGCUGUUUUUGGACUAUGAUUCCCAUCAUCCCUGACCACUGGUCCUGCGACCUCUCACUUGAGAGGACACCAACAACAAAAUCCACCAAUGGAUUUUCACUCUUUGAAAUCUGGCAACCCUAGUAUAGGCAGCUUUGGGUAGGUAAGCUUGUGCAAUUUUCACUACAGAGCUGGGGAAUAAUGUGGUACGUGUCCCAAAGUUAAGUUGCGAGGGUGGUAAAAACCUCUGCAAAAUGUCCUUCUCCCAUCAUUUUUCUGUACUGAGACUGACUGUGCCCUCAUGUGGUAAGACUUGGUAUUAGCAGUGGCAGCAUGAACUUUCGUUUUCAUUAGACCCCCCCCCCCCGCUGCGGCAAACCUUAAAUUCCAAAUAAAAACUUGCUGGCAAAAAAUGACAGUGUAAGGAUGCGUUUGGCUAUGGCAGGAAGCUGGACCAUAGGUAAUGAAAUGCACCACAGUUUUAGGAAACUAGUAAUACAUUACACCUGGGCACUUGCAUGAUUAAAUACAUGAUAUGUGGGGAAGGAUAGUGGGAACUCACUUUGUUGCUGCCCCCAAUCUACAUAUGGGGAAGCAGACAUGUGUAGGAGGGCACUUGCUUUAUGCAAGUACCGUGGUACCUCAGUUACAGAUGCUUCAGGUUACAGACGCUUCAUGUUACAGUCUUCGCUAACCCAGAAAUAAUACCUUGGGUUAAGAACUUUGCUUCAGGAUGAGAAAAGAAAUUGUGUGGCGGUGGUGUGGUGGCAGUGGGAGGCCCCAUUAGCUAAAGUGGUGCUUCAGGUUAAGAACGGACCUCCAGAAUGAAUUAAGUUCUUAACCUGAGGUACCACUGUAUGAUUUUCCCCUACCCCAUGGUGUGGAACCAUGAUUGCACUGGAAAGCAUAACUCUGCUCUCUCGAUUCAUAUAAUUGUUAACGGUGUUAGAUUAGCCCCCCAAAUAGGGCCAUCGUUACAUCAUGGUACUUUGCGUAGUGAAGCAUUGGGCAUGCUGAGAUUUUGUUUUGCAUAUAUUAAUAUAUACUUUAAUUUACAGUACCGGACGACAGCGAUUCUGAAUCUGAUCAAAGCACAGUGCUGAAUUUGAAAUCCCAAGCAGGAAAAAUUCUGAGAGACCAGAGGCUUCGACAGCAGCAGUGUAGGAUGGAAUGGAAAAAUGAAACGGAGAGGAACAACAGAGAGACAGCAAGCCAGGGAAACAGAGGCUUCAGACAACCACUUUUGUCAAGGCCAGCAUUUGGCGCACUGAACGAAGAAGAGUCAGCGGAAGAUGAGGGACCCGCUAAACCACUCCCACCGCCUCGUUUAAUCCGACAGGCUUCAAAAAGGCCUAGUGAUAAAUCCGAGAAUAAACCAUAUUGAAAGCUGCUAAAUGGAGCCAUUAACAAUGAACAGCAGAGGGAGGCACUUUAAACUGGACAGAUGGAGCCAUUUAAGUUCAUGGGUACUGGUUGGGGAUGGGAGGGAAAGAAAUCAUGUUAUUUCACUACGUGAAAAAAACAAAAAACUCUUCACCUUCUGUGGAACCAAAUAAUGCAACUAUUUUGUUUUAUAUUUUGUUUUUAAACUUCUGCAAUGAAGAUAAGUUUUAUCAGUUAGAUACAGUACUUUUGAAUGUAAAUUGUGUUUUGUGUGUUUGCCAGUGGCAGGUUUGCAGUAUAAGUUGCACUAAGAAAUUGCACAAUGCACUUCUUUUUAAAAGAAUUCACCCUCAGAAAGCAAUUCUAAGAGUGCCUGAUGCACUGAAACACAAUUAGGUGUUGCAAACUGUGAAACUGAACAAAUGCAAGAGAUUAAGGCUGCAGUACAGCCUUUAUCAUUUUGCCCAUGCAAUAUGGAAGUUGCUUCUGAAACCCAAAUUCUAACACUAUGUAAAGAUGUAAAUGGAAAAGCUUUUGUUUCUAUUGCCAUGCUUUUUACUGUAAUAGAAAAGUGGUAUGGGAAUAUACUGCUCUUAUGCAUUGUCAAAAAUGCCCCUCUACUUGAUAAUUCCAACAACUCUUUGGAUUUAGUUGUUGAAACUUAUCACUUGAAAUAUAUUAAUUUAUAAAUAUAUAUGCACUUUUCUGGAGCAUUUUGUCAUUUUUGUCUUAAACCUACAAAGUUUGAACAAAUUAAGUAAAUGAGCUCAUGAUUGGAUAGUCACCUCAAUACGUUGUUUUCAGUCCAAAAUUGUUUCGUUUAUUGACUUCAAAAUUGAAUUUGAUCCUCUCAGUAGGUUUUAUGGAUCUGGAUUUUAUUUCACGGAAAAUACAGUUAUAUUUGCUUAAUAAAUGAAAAGAUAUAUAUACAGAAUGGCAAAGUGUGAAAUGAAGCAUAAACUGGAUGGGGCUAUGAAAAAAUUUGAUUUUGACAAACAUUUCCCAAGCAGUUCUAAUAGCAUAAUACAUCUUUAUUUGGCGGUAAAAUGGCUAGUUUUUCCUGGGUUUGUGCUGCAGUAAGUUUACGGAUGCUUUGAAAGCAGAACUGCUGAAGUAAUACCUAAUCUCUAGUGCCAUCUGUUGGAAGAUACAAAACACAACUUUCUUUUCAGUUUGCUCUGUACCAACACAGAAUACUUCAUGUUUAUACAAAAGUAUCAAUCAUCACCUAACAGUGAUUAAAAGCUCUGUGAGAAGAGUUGAUCGUUUGAAGACAGAGUCCUAUACAUACUUACCUUGGAGUAAGCCCCAUUGAAGAUUGCAGAGUAAUGUGGGUAGUUUAUGCCUCGCAUAACAAACUAAUAUUUGAGGAACCAGGCAGUGACAAAGUGAGGAAGUCCAAACUCUAUACAUGUGAUGUAACUAUUGUUUAUCAUUUAGUACAAAAAUGUUUGUGAUUUAUAACGUGGCUAAACUACAAGGUUUGCCACCACCACAGGACUCUCGACACAAUCACCUCAAACAGCCUUAGGAGUGGUUGGUAAUGGUGUGAAAACUCCAACUGAUAAUCCAUAUAGCAAGUUGUUCUACAAGUGCCCCUUUAAAAUGUGGGGUUUUUUGGGGGGGGGUAUUGUUUUUAUUUCGAUUAUAUAUUUUUGUGCUUUUAUAUUUUGAUUUUGUUCUGUGAAUCACUCUGAGACCUCUGGGUAUAAGGCGGUAUAUAAAUUCUAAUAAUAAUAAUAAUAAUAAUAAUAAUAAUAAAUAGUGUAAACACUUUACAAGUGUAAAUACUCAACACAUGGAAGCUGUUUGGAACAGCCUCUGUGUGGGAUGUGCAAUUUAUAGACCAGCAAUUAUUUUGGCUGGAAUAAUGAGCAAAUAGACAACAAUAACUGACGACAAGCAGGAAAGGUGGACAUUCUUUUCCCUUUUAUUUCCAGUUACCAACAUUGUUAUGUAAUUCCCAGAGCUCUUAACUUUCAAGAGAACAAUGCGAAGCCAUUUUAAACUGCCUUCAAAUGAAGUACAAUGCAUCCCUGAGGGACUCUUUUUACAGAUGUUCUUUGUCCCGAAUGCUCCACAGAUACGAGAAAUGAUUCCUAAAUGUUUAUUCUGCUACAUCAUGUAAGUAGUUAAGAUUGAUUUCUGAGCUCGCAGUUUCAAAAGAAACUUUGCAGACCAGUUUUGAACUGUGAGCAGGUAAAUGUUCAUACGCACAUUUCCCUAGGAAUUGAGCCUCUUCCUGGACGGCACUAAAGCAAGCAAAGGUUCCUAAGAACAGAAUGCAUCUACGCUUGGGCAGAGGUACUUAACCAGCUCCCAACUCACCACCUCUUUGCUCUGAUCCCCAUCUCACCACAGCUACUCUCACAUGCUUUGAAAUUCUAGCCUUAAAUUUUAUGACAAAUGCAACUGGACUUUCAUUUGGAGGGUGUGGAGAGUAAAAGCGGAAGAGGUGCAACCUGGAGUGCAGAAGCAGCAGGCAGAAAAAAUGUUCAACAUCAUCCCUUGCCAACUAGCUUUUUGGGAUGGUGAGGCCAUCAAGGUUCAUUUCCUUGCUUUUGUGUGCAAUAUGUAGUUAGGCCCUAAAUAAAUACGCUUAGAAUUGCAGCCUUAGUACGGAUGACAAUUCUAUCUUGCCUGUUUUGUAAAUGCAUCACCUUUUUUUCUUAUCUGUUUUAUUAAAUGAGUGCAGCCUACCAAGCCUUCUUGUUUUUGCUGCCUCCCUCAGAUUGCAGUCUACAAUAUGCAUUAAUCUUAGUGGGACCAAGUUGUCCAAGCCUGUGCCAGUGCCAUUUUAACUAAAAAGCAGGCCAUAUUUCAUUAUAUUUCAGCUGGAGUUGAUUGGACAAUUGUUUCUAUUUCAAGCAGCUGAUCAAAGACGGAUGAAUACAAAACAGGGACAUCCCUAUGUAUAUAUUUUUGAAGCAAGCUCCAUCUACUUGUUUUCAAAAAGGCAUACCGUUAGUUUAAGGUUUGUGGCUCUUGAGGUUUGAGUUACAUGUAAUACAGAUUCCAGCUUCAAUGCUCUCACGUUACAUCACAUUAUUACACUUGGUACGAAACCAAUGCUCCUGACAAACCUGACCAGGUAAUUCCUCCAAGCCCCCAAACUCAACAACAAAAUUGCCGCCAAGCAAGUUAAAACUCUCUUUUAAAUAUGUGGCCGCCGUCACAAGCCUCCUUUAAGGAUGUCUGCUGCAGAGAGCAGCCUUUCCCCAUUCCUGUACUAUUUCAAGUAUAAAGGAAACAUGCAUUCCUUGAAACACAACACUUCAGUAAACCAUAAUAAAGAGGAAACGACUUGCUUAGGAUGUCCUGUAGCAAAGGAGGAGGUAGGAAACUCCUGGAAAACCCCCAAUAUGGACUCUUCCUGCUUUUGAGUCUUUGCUGCGGCUUUGUAAACCCCACAGCUGAUGACCCUGAGUGGUAGUAUUCUUCCCAAGUCGAAAGCACAUUUGUCAUUAAGGUCCCCUUCCCCAGUAAGUGUUCAGUGUUAGAAUUGUUCCAAACCAAGAUGGCACAACUAGUAGAACACCACCUUUAAUAAUUGCAUGUUAACUAAAGAUUCAUUACUCUGCAAACAUAUACAAGGACCACAGCCCUGCAGAAAGUCCAAACCUUGCCCUGCAUCUUCUGGCAACGAUGUGUGAGGCUUGAAGGAAGUCUGCCCCACAUUUUGAGAUCUAACUGGACCACAGCAGAAAUGGACAACAUCUCUUCCAUUCUCCGUUUUUCUUUUGGAAUGACACCACAUACCUGGAGUCAGGCUCUAGUCCUAUUGUCAUACUUGUUUUUAAAAUACCUACACCAGGAUUUUAAUCACAAUUUAAAAUUAUUUGAAUAGAUGUAAUGUUCAGCAACUUUCCCUUUGCACUACAACCAGCAAGAUUUCUUAUUAGCUGUGUGAAUUAACGCCCCUUCACCAGCCUCAAAUUUACCUGUUAAGUUUACUGGUCAGGAUGAAAGAUAAGGGAACUGUUCUUUCCUUGACGCUAUAGUGUUUCGUUAUAAAGCGUCCCAACAACAGUCCUCCUGAACCUUUAACAUUUUCAUUUCUCAGUUGUGUUGCUUUUUUAAGUAGCAGCACUAACAGCUUAUCUCAUUUUAACUCUGGCGCCCCUGAUGACUGUGUAUCGUGAUUUGUUGAGGACCAUGAUGAGAACAGCUAUAAAUCCCAACAGGCCCCCGAGAAUGGGAGGCCCACAAGGGCUGAACUCCUGGGCGAUUCCUGACAGAAGAGGGGAAAGUAUGCGGCCGACGGCCGAGACCGACUGACCGACACCUAUGAGCAUACCACUGGCCUGGUCCCCCCCCAAAGUCAGCUCAAGAUCAGUAAUGCAAGUACGUCCGAUGGUGGUCGAAAAUGCUAAAAAGGUGGAGGACAGGACCACCGCCCAUACGUUCUUCGAGAGAGAAUAUAUCAUCGUGAGCACGCAGGUGAAGAUGGUGGACCGCAGUAAGAUGGCGUAGGUGUUGUGCUUAUAUAGUCUUGUAAUUGGUCCGAGCAGAAAGCCAGCAGCCACUCCAAGCGCACUGCUGUAGCUUAUGAGGUAACCAGUGAGUUUAGGUUUGAUCCCAAACCUCUCUUCAAGUGCCAAGACAAAAUUGCUAUGGUAAAGCAUGACUGCGAUUGACAUCAGUAGCCGUACCAGGAAGACAUCCCGCAGAUCGGAACGGGUAAUGCUGCGAAUCCUCUUCAACACAGAGACAAUCUGAGCCCAAGAGGUCUGGGGGUGUGUACUGUUCCUUGUGGCUUCGCGAGAUAGAGGGUCCUUCUGCAAGCUGAGCUUUGCCACUGGUAAGGGACUGCCUUUUGCUGGGUUAAUAAUGCUCCAGUCGUUACCAUGCUUUUUCUUUUCGAGCCAUAGCAGUAUCCAGAAAAGACCUGCA